AGGAGGAGGAGGAGGGAAGGGGGGAGAGGGAGGGUAUUUUUUACGCCGUCGGGGACCUGUUGCUCCGAUGACAGCCAUACGGCCCUCACCUCCCCACACAUCCGAUCGACCUCGACCCGCGUCGCGAUGCCAGAGCCAGCAGUCGGGUCGGUGGUCGCUUGGGUCGUGGUUGUGGAGGACAAAGCUCGAUAUUGACCUCCCCAAUCCAAAAACAGAGGAAGUUCCGUCGACAGUUUCAUUCGUCUCCCCUUCUUCCAUUUCCACCACUUCGUCUUGGAUUUCGCCCUUAUGUUCAUCAGUUUCUUCCUCUUUGCCUUCCAUCGAAGACGUUGUUUUUGGGGAUGACAGUGUCGUCAGAACGCCGUGGCCCAGCAAAACUUUUGCUCAAAUCUGCUUUGAGUUUCCGGAUACCGGCUUUCUCCCUUUCCGCGCUGGCACUCUUUCACUCCUUCCUACUGUCAAACCCUCCUCGUCGACAGAAGGCACUGUUGAAGGGGAUCAGGUCAGUACUUCACCUGCUCACGUGACCGUCGAACGGUAUCUGUCCAGCGGAAGAAUCUGGGACGCAUUCCGCGGGCACCUCACACCGGGCUCUUCCUCGUCUUUCCGACACCCUCCCCUUUCUGUUGUGAUUAAGAUCACCUCAAUGUCCGCCGCAUAUAAUCGUCCGCACUGGAUGCCGCUGCUCUGGCCAGAGGAAAUUGACCAGGCCGUCCAUACCGAGGAUGAG